AUGGCAGAUCAGACAGCGGGCUCUCCCUACGGAGAGCUACAGUACGUCAAGGUCUUUGGGCCCAAUGCCAACUGUACUCUGGACAUUUGCCCGGUAGAGAUGAGCGUGUACGGGUACCGCCCGAGCCUCGCCGCCAAUUUUACCUUUUUGGGGCUCUACGUGCUCUCGGCCCUCGUCCACACCUAUCUCGGCUUCAGGUGGAAGUCGUAUUCCUUCAUGGCUUUCAUGAUUGUUGGCGCCAUCAACGCUGUUGUUGGCUAUGCGGGCCGGAUCAUGUUGUAUUACAACCCUUUCAACUUUACCGCCUUUAUGAUGCAGAUUAUCUGCAUCACCAGUGGUCCUGUGUAUUAUUCAGCUUCCAUUUACAUUACCUUGUCGUCUUCUAUCAAGCACUUUGCGCCGAGCCUGUCUCGCGUCCGACCGGAGCUGCUCUACUGGAUCUUCAUUCCCUGCGACAUUGUAUGUCUGUGUUUUCAGGCCGCUGGUGGAGGCUUGUCUACUUCGACUUCGGGAAAAAGCCAGAUGGGGGUUGAUAUGGCGCUGGUCGGCCUUAGUCUGCAAGUUGCUGCAAUGGUGAUUUUCUGCGCACUCUUUGCAGACUACCUUGUCCGAUAUUACCGUUCAGAUUUUUACCGCAACGAGGCAGGGGCCAAGCUGGGUAUGCGAUCGAAGUUAUUCUUUGGCUUUCUCGCCCUGGCCAUUGUGCUCAUCUUGGUUCGCUGUGCCUACCGUCUCGUAGAGCUGAAGGACGGGUACAGCGGCAACUUGAUCCGAGACGAGGGACUUUUCAUUGGUCUGGAGGGCGUUAUGGUCGUAGCUGCUGUGUAUAGCCUGGCGACUGGCCAUCCCGGAUUUGGGUUGAGAAAAGGGAGCCCGAAACAGCAAAAGGUGGAAAACGCUGGCAAUAUUGGACAAGGCCACGAUGUGCUCUAG